UGCGCGUCGUAUCAGAAGAGUCGCUAACGUUGUUCGCGUAUGCGCGUAUAGCCGGCCUCAGGUCGACCUUUCGACGACACAGAUCAGUCGGCGAUUGACUUUUCAGGAUCAAGCUGUGCCUGCGCUACGACCGUCGGGAACAUUUCUCGCUGAUUUUUAAAGGCCUGAGUACAACUGAGACGAUAUUAAGACGAUCGGAAUUAGUCGGCGCUCAAAAAAAAUCAACAGUCGCAAGAGUAGAAAGAUUUCAACUUCUCUACGACGACGUCGCGAUCGUGUGCGCAUCAAGAUAAUCCUUUUACUUGUUUAGCCAAUUUGGCUGCACCACACACACUGGCAGUGACCCGACUCGACUCGACUCGAUCUUGAUUGUGGAGUAUUGUAAAUUGAUGCUAAAUUGGCGCAAAUUCGCGUUUGUUUUUCAGUCUAAUCUUUAUUGUAGACUUGUAUUUUAAUCAUUACGACCUUUCCCCAGUUUUGAUGGUUGUGGUGUGCUGUGUUGUCAUGGUUACAGUCAGCGCUGGCUAUUAUUAUCUAUUAUUGAAAUGAUUGUCGUCCUAAGGAAUUGACCCGAUGAAUUUGAUGACCUUCAAACGUCUUUUUUAGAAAAUUACACCUUGCAAUUGAAUUUGCUGCAGCACGGAGAAUGCUGCAAUGGCCAUAAUCUGACACAAUGUUUUGGUGGAAAGUUGGCAACUUAGUAUCACUGACAAUCGUUCUAAGCGAUAGCUUAAGCUCGUCUACACCAUGCAGUCGACGCCAUGGGCUUUGCACUGCUCCCUGGAAGAAAUGGGGUGGAUCUUGCUACCUCAGCACUCAAAAGCCUCUGACGUACGACGACGCCCGUGGAGCCUGCCGUAGACUGGGAGCCAAGAUGGCAGCGCCGCGCUCAGACCAGGAAAACGACUUCCUGGCAAGCCUGGCCCAAGGCAGUGAUAUUUGGGUGGCUUGCACCGAUCGCAGGCAGGAGGGUGAGUGGGAGUGUGAGGGGUCUCAAGACGGUCAAGGAAUCUACACCAACUGGAAGAUGGGAGAGCCGAAUAAUGCAGGAUCAGAAGGGAGCGAGGACUGUAUUAAAAUAAGGCGAGUGGAUAAGAAGUGGAAUGACAUAGCGUGUGAGCGUAUGUUCCUGGCUGUUUGCAAGCGACAAUUUGUCGGAUCCUGCUUCACUACCAACAACGAAGGGCGGCUUGAAGUUGACUCUUGCCUCUAAAGUAACGUUUGGAACGAUUUGCACGCGGAUUUUAAUUACUUCAGAUCAUUUAAUUGAUUGUAUGUGUAGUUUUUAUCAUGUAGGGAACUUCAGAUCAUGUAAAACUGAGACUUCUCGUGUUUUGACUGUGGACAUCUUCACUAGGACUGCUGCUCAAGAUCGAACAUUUGCACUGAUCAUAGGUACUGCAAUGCAGGAAAGUAGACCCAGCAACAUUCAUGUGACACCUGACAUAACAUUCUUUAGAUAACAUUCUUGGCUGAAUCUAAAUGACGUCCUACCAGAAGGAUUGAUUUUACAGAUGUUUUUGGUGUGAUUGUUUUCUUUUCUUGAGUAGUGCUCAUCCUAGUCAUCCUAGGUAAGAUUCAGAUUAGUUGGUUGUAUUAUGUAAUAUUUCUCAUUUGAAUCCUUUCACAUAAGGAGUAUGUGUAACCAUAAUCAGGCUCAUAAUAAAGUUAUAAAAGUUAAUACUUAGACUUCUAAAUUCUAGCCUUGGUCAUAAUUCGUGAAGUUAAGCCCGAAUACUAAUGAUCUCUAAGGACCAAACGUUAAAGGGAGCGAUAUCAUUAAUCAGGUCAAUAAUCAAUUACAUAUUGUAGUAUAAACGAGCAUGCGUGUAUACUCUAGAUGUUGAUCGUGAAUACAACAUGCAACAGGCAAU